AUGGCUAAAGUGGAAAUAAAAUACACCAAGUUGUUCAUCAACAACGAGUGGGUCGACGCUGUCAGCAAGAAGAAGUUCCCCACAAUUAACCCACAAAAUGAAACUGUCAUCACUGAAGUUGCUGAAGGAGACAAGGCUGAUGUGGAUCUCGCAGUAGACGCCGCAGUAAAGGCCUUCCACCGCUAUUCAGAAUGGAGGCUUCUUGAUGCUUCUCAAAGGGGCAGGCUGCUUCUUAAAUUAGCAGAUCUAAUUGAGAGAGAUGUCAAGUACUUGGGAGAACUUGAGACUUUAGAUAACGGCAAACCAGUGUCACAAGCAACAACCGAGGCUGCCUGGUCCGCACAGAUCAUCAGAUAUUACGCCGGAAAAGCUGACAAAAUUCUAGGAAACACCAUCCCAGCAGACGGCGAAGUGUUGUCCAUGACUUUAAAGGAACCGGUUGGUGUUUGCGGUCAAAUAUUACCAUGGAACUACCCAAUCCCCAUGUUCGUAUGGAAGAUCGCUCCAGCUUUAGCAGCAGGGUGCACCGUUGUAGUGAAGCCUGCAGAGCAGACCCCGCUUACAGCGCUCGCAGUAGCAGCGUUAGUGAAGGAAGCCGGCUUUCCCCCGGGCGUGGUGAACGUCAUCACCGGCUAUGGCCCUACAGCUGGUGGAGCUCUUAUUAACAAUCCACGUGUUGACAAAUUAGCUUUCACUGGUUCUACUGAGGUUGGACGCCUCAUCAUGAGCGGAGCUCCCGCAACAAAUUUGAAACGUGUGACCUUGGAACUCGGAGGAAAGAGCCCUCUAGUCAUCUUUAACGACGCUGAUGUCGAGAAAGCGGCCGAAAUUGCGCACCGUGCUGCUUUCGCAAACGCUGGACAAUGCUGCGUUGCCGGAACUAGAACCUACGUACAAUCUGGUAUCUACGAUGCAUUUGUUGCCAAAGCGGCGGAAAUCGCCAAAAAGAGAACUGUAGGAAACUCCUAUGAAGAUGUGCAACAAGGACCUCAGAUCGACCUGGAAAUGUUCAACAAGGUCAUGGGUUACAUAAACGCUGGAAAGAAAGAGGGUGCCCGUUGCGUCGCGGGCGGAGACCGUUUCGGCAAUGUGGGGUACUUCAUCAAGCCCACAGUAUUUGCUGAUGUUAAAGAUGACAUGAAAAUUGCCAGAGAAGAGAUCUUCGGACCAGUCCAGAGCAUCCUUAAGUUUGAAAAGUUCGAGGAGGUCAUUGACCGCGCUAACGACUCUAACUACGGUCUGGGCGCUGGGGUCAUCACUAACGAUAUUACAACCGCCAUGGCUUUCUUAAGACAUAUCCGGGCUGGCAGCGUAUGGGUCAACACGUACGAGCACGUAACGCCACAGACACCAUUCGGAGGAUUCAGGGAAUCAGGCAUUGGCCGGGAAUUAGGUGAAGAAGGAAUUCAACAAUACUUGGAGAACAAGACUGUCACCAUCAGCCUGCCAAAGACACCCAUUUUG